CUCGGUUCGAAUUUCCUCAUCGUGGUGAGUAAGGCAAUCGCAUGCAACAGCAUAUCGUACAAUACUUUCUGGACCAAGGAAGGCCUCCUGAUGGCGAUGCAAUGAUUGAUGGAUUCGUAUAUUUCAGGGCCGAAGUAAAGAACGACUUCCUUUAGAGCUCCCACUGCAGACGUAUCUAGAUUUUUAACUCGUCCUCUUGUCGAGAGAAGGGAAAUAUGACGUCCAAAUUCAAAGAUGUUGCGAGUCAGUGGAAAAGUGUGAAUAUUGUACGCGGACACAUCACCAACUUUGUUCUGUAGGAAAAAUGGGGUGAAUCUUGCAAGGUGUUAGUUAUUUUGCAAGUCUGGAGGAAGAGGGAGAUGUCGACGCGGAGGUAAAGGUUUGGUUAGUGGAAUAAGCUUCCAAAAGCCACGGCCAUGAUUGGGCCAAUUUGAUCAAAGUAUGUUCGAGACUUAGGAGUCUGAGAACUGGAGGGAGGGGAAGAUUGGACAGUGGCACGUAAUGAUUACGUGAUGGUCGAGUUGAGUUGUUUGACUGGCGGAGCACAUCCACAGUGCACUUGUGCAACUGGACCGGAGAAGUACUUGCUGGACCUCCUACAGUACAAGUCCAAUCGACCUGAGAAGGCCGAAGUUCCUGGCUUGCUUGCUGGCAAGCUGGCUGGAUGGAUGGAAUGAUGGAUGGAGGUGUGAAAAUCGAGGUUGAUUACAAUAAGAAAAUCAGAUAUUUUUCGUCAGCGCGUGUGUUCUUGGAGUUAGAUUCUCCUCUAAGAGACUUUGCCUUCGGAUGGGGUCGUCGGAGCAGAUUGUGGCCACUUUUGUGGGCUUCUCGGUGAUGGCAGGCUUCAAUUGCCUGGUACCCAUCAUCAAAUACACAGAACGCAGGCAGCAGGAAUUAAAAGAGCAACCAGUGCGUGUCCUGCCUCCCUCUCUCCCUGCCUCGUCUUGUUUAAAUAGGACCUCUAAAACCAGGCGUCGGUGGGCGCUCGCUCAGGCAGGCAGGCAGAGGCAGGAAGGCACGCCCUGUUUGUUCGAGCUUGUCUUCCGACGAAAGCACCAUCGAUCAUCACAUAUGUGGCGACUCGCGAUAUUGAGGGGACAGGCCAGAUCUGCUUUGGAUUGAGUCAGGGGGCCUGCUGAUUUAGUCGAAGUAUGCCGGGCUCACCUUUCUAUCGUCGAAGGAAUCCGCCUGCAAGAGGCGCUCGUUCAUGGUCUUUUGCUGGACUGGAUUACGGAAUGUCUCGGCCAAGAUCACAGCUGGUGGUGAAAGUAGUAGUUGCAGCAACGCUUACUGCACUCUGCAUGUUCAUACUUCGCCAGUCAUCCUCAUCCGCUUCUGAAAAUGUGUUUUCAAGACCACAGGAGGGUGUGCAACAUGUGCUGGUCACAGGUGGAGCUGGUUUCAUCGGAUCCCAUGCAGCUAUGCUACUCUUAGAAAAGGAGAACUACCGUGUUACUAUAGUGGAUAAUCUUUCUCGUGGUAACCUAGGAGCAAUACAUGUGUUGCAAAGGUUGUUUCCAGAACCAGGUCGACUGCAGUAUAUUUUCGCAGAUCUGGGAGAUGCCAAAGCUGUUGAUGAGAUAUUUGCGAAAAAUGCGUUUGAUGCGGUGAUGCACUUUGCCGCAAUAGCGUAUGUUGGAGAGAGUAUGGCGGAGCCCUUGCGUUACUAUCACAAUAUUACCACCAAUACCUUGCUACUUUUGGAGGCAAUGGCAAAACAUGAAGUGUCUAAGUUUAUCUACUCGAGCACUUGUGCAACUUAUGGGGAGCCGAAGAAAAUGCCAAUUACAGAAGAUACAGAACAGGUUCCAAUAAAUCCAUACGGGAAGGCUAAAAAAAUGGCAGAGGAAAUCAUCAAGGAUUACGCCAGAACUAAAAGAAUGGCGGUCAUGAUUUUACGGUACUUCAAUGUGAUUGGUUCCGAUCCAAAACUGAGGUUGGGGGAAGCACCGAGACCAGAACUUAGAGUCCACGGGCGUAUUUCUGGUGCUUGUUUCGAUGCAGCCAGAGGAUUUAGAAGUGGUCUAGAGAUACGGGGUGAUGAUUACAAUACGAAGGAUGGAACAUGCAUAAGAGACUACAUACAUGUUACUGAUUUGGUGGAGGCACAUAUUAAAGCAUUAGAUCGCGCGGAAACAGGCAAGGUGGGAAUAUACAACGUUGGUACCGGAAAAGGUUUGUCCGUGAAAGAGUUCGUGGAAGCGUGCAAGGCCGCCACCAAGGUCAACAUCACCGUGACCAUUUUAGAUAGGAGACCAGGCGAUUAUGCUGAAGUUUACAGUCAGCCGAAAAAGAUAAAUGACGAACUUGGGUGGAAGGCGAAGCAUGUUAAUCUUACAGAGACCUUAGAAGUGGCCUGGAAAUGGCAAUUGAAGUAUCCGAAUGGAUAUAACAACGAGAUUAUGUCAGCUGUUUAAGCCACUCUUUUAUUCCUAUUCAUCUCAUAUUGUUUCAUCCAUGGUGUUUAACGAGCUCCCUUUUAGCAAGAAUCUGUGCCUCUUCACCUUAAAUGAUUACGAGACACGAAAAACUGGUACCGUGUUUAUUUCAUCCAGUUGUAGAAAUUAGAUCAUUGAUGUAAAUCAGUAUCCAAUCUGUAUAAAUUCUUUCGGAGUAUCUAUGAUUAUUAGCGUUUAGGAUUCGUUUGAUUCAGACGAAAAGCUUUUCAGUUUAUGGGUUGUUGCACGGAUUGGUCACUAGAAAUAUGCAGGAGUAUUGUAGCAAUUUUGGUUACAAUAACCAAAAGAUGUAUUGGAUCUCAAUAUUUGUCACUUGGGAGGUCAAUUUAUCCCACAUUUAUUUCCUAGAUAUUAGUGGUAAACGUCACAUACACAUGAGGACAAAUAUCUCAAGUUAGGCAGCUAACCAGCUUACAAGUUUUGGCCUCAAUCCGAACACGAUUGUUGUCUCAAGAUUAGUUUUGAAUUACACCGGUAACACUUGUACUUGUUAUAGGCUUUCAAUCAAUUUGAUUCUC